AUGACCAAUAACGUAGAGAAUGUGUUGGGUUUAAUUUAUGUUAUAUCAUGGUCAAUUUCCAUGUAUCCACCAAUAUUUACAAACUGGAAAUUGAAAUCAUCAAAGGCAAUAUCAGUCGAUUUUGUAAUCUUAAAUACAUUCGGUUACUUUUAUUUAUCAUGUUCAUAUUUUUUACAAUACUAUUGUUGGACAGAUAAAAUCGAGAAUGAUGACAAACCAAAGAUAGAAAAACCAAUCAUUUCAACGUUCGACCUUUGGUAUUGUCUUCAUGGUUUCGUAUUGAAUUUGAUCCUCUUAAGUCAAAUAAAAUUAAGUCAUCCGAAGUGGAAAUUAUGGAAUUUUCAUAAUGACUACCCUUCUACAAUGUCUUCCUCUUCCUCGGCAACAAAGAAAUAUUAUUCCUCAUCGUCAGCAUCAUUUGCAAUGAAAAGGCAAAUGAAAACCAUUUAUUAUAGAUUAUUAGUAUUAUCAAUCGGGUUAUUCAUUAUAUUCUCAAUCAAUCUUCAAUUAAAUAACAGAAACUUUGGGGGAUUAACCAAUUCAAAUUUACUAGAUUAUUGUAAUAACCUUUUCAUUUUGAAAAUUUCCAUGUCAUUGAUAAAAUAUUUCCCACAAAUGUUACAUAAUUUUGAAAGGAAAUCAACUUUUGGCUUUUCAAUAGAUGGUGUAUUAUUAGAUACUACUGGUAGUAUUGCCUCCUUAUGUCAAUUAUUUAUUCAAUUAAAUAAAAUUGACAGUCAAACAAAUGGAGAUACAUUAUCGUUCACUGGUGCUAUAAUGGCAAAUUUCGGGAAAAUUGGUCUUUCCUUAGUAACUUUAACCUUUAAUUUUAUAUUCUUAUCACAAUGGUUUAUUUAUAAAUCAAAUGAUGACCAAUCGACAUUGUGGAAAAAAAAAUCAGAUAAUAAAUCAAAAGAAUUACCAAUAUAA